AUGCCCCGCUCGAGGUCGCGUUCCCCAAGGAAGCAUGAGGAACGGUCCGAAAGGAUUGAGAAGGGUAGAGAGCGGGAUGGAUAUCGUUCUUCGAGGCAGAGGUCGAAGUCUCCAGAUUAUCGGGAGUCAAGAAAGAGGCGGCGAGAAGAUGACCACUCCAAAAGAAGGUCUCGAAGCCGUAGCAGCAGUGGUGAACGUGAAAGGCGCCGGAGGCGCGAAAAGGAAGCUCGCAAAGCCGAAAAACGGCGUUUACGAGAUGAGGAAGAGGCACGGCAGAUUGCAGAACUCAGCGUUUACAGUGCUACAGACAAUCCUUUCCAUGAUGUAAAUCUUGGACAACAGUUCAAAUGGCACAAAAAGGCCGAGAAAGAACGGAAAGCAGGAUUGUCUGCUGCAGAGGCACAGAGACGUGAUGAAAUUAGGCGAAUGGAAGCUAAGGAAGAACUUGAGCGCCUAAAUAAGCGUAGAGCAGAGCGAGAAGUAGAAAUGCGACUCCGGGAAGAAGAAGAAGCGAGAAUGGCCCGUUUAGCUGAGUCUACCCAGAUGGCGGAAUGGAUUGCAAAGGACGGUGAUUUCCAACUGGAUCAGGAACGUCGACGUGCGGGGAUCCGGUUGAAAGAACGACGCGCAAAAGCCAUCGAUUUCCUUGUUCUUAAUCUGAAGUUUGCUGAUCCGCAAGUUAAUAAUGAUCGUGAUGACGGCCUUGGUUUGGAUGAAAUUGGUCUGGAGAUAGAUUUUGACGAGCCAUAUGCCAUUUUUGAGGCAAGUUUACUGAGCAACUUGGACUUGGCGCAAACUCGAGAGCUUCAUGACGAUAUCCAAAAGUAUCUGACCCUUGAGUUAUCCGAACUCAACAUCGACUUUUGGACGAAUAUGAUGGUCGUCUGCAAGCACUACCUCGAGAAGCUCACCGAGCGCUCCGCAACCGAGGCUGCGGCUACUGGCGCAAACGCGAAUGCAGCAGUUGACGAUGAAAUAACGAAAUUGUUAUCUGGGAAAUCUUAUGAGCAAUUGGUUCUUUUACAGCGCCAAAUCCAAAAUAAGCUUGCCAGUGGCGGUCCAGUAGACGUGGAUUACUGGGAGGGCCUUUUAAAGAGUCUGUUGGUAUGGAAGGCAAAGUCCAAGCUGAAAUCACUGCAUGAAGUUGUCGUCCAGAAUCGUCUCGAACAACUGCGGAAGCGUCAGCGAGAUGAAGCAAUUCAAGCACAGCAAGAACUGCUAGCGGGGGUGACGGCCCCGCCAAAAUCUCUCCGGGGGCGCGGACAUACUUCCGUUGAAGUCUCCCGAGUGCCCGUUGAAGACAUUAACGUGUCGAACGAGGAUGUGACAAUUGAACCAUAUUAUCCUGAAAUGAGUCCAGAGCCUGUCGAUUUAGCUCUCGUACCCCCCGAACUCCGAGAAGUCGACGUGAUCGACAGUCUGACGGAUCUUUCAAACUUGUUUUCCCAGCGCCGAACCAUCACUUCGUCCCGCUUUGUUCCACGUCCUCGGGGCCCGGCUACUACAGAAGCUGAAGACACGCCUGCCCCGAGCGGAGAUGACCUUGAUGCGGAAGCCAUGUAUAAUGCCGAGGCUGAUAAAGAGUUGGACGAAGACGAAGAGUUGUUUAAUUUGCAGGAACUAAUCGAGACCCCUACCACCUACUCGUGGGAAGAUAAGUAUCGGCCACGGAAACCUCGAUACUUUAACCGUGUCCAUACUGGAUAUGAAUGGAACAAGUAUAAUCAAACACAUUACGAUACCGACAAUCCCCCACCGAAAGUUGUUCAGGGCUAUAAGUUUAAUGUUUUCUAUCCUGAUUUGAUAAACAAACAACAAGCACCCUCAUAUCAAAUCAUCAAGGAACCCGGAAAUGAAGAUACCGUCCUACUUCGGUUCACUGCCGGGCCACCCUAUGAGGACAUUGCAUUCCGGAUUGUGAAUCGAGAGUGGGAGUUUUCUCAUAAACGUGGCUUCCGCAGUAGUUUUGAUCGAGGUUGCCUUUCACUGUGGUUCAACUUCCGUCGCAACGUGAGCCAUGUUCUCGAAAUGGAUGAUCAAUUCACUGACAACGCUUCCAGUUUUAUCGCAAAUAAUUGUAUUGCCAGUGUACCGAGCAUCGCAAUUUCGCUGUAG